AUGAGGGGCAGGGCCAGAUCUCCACGCUCACGUUCUUGGGUUGUUCGCGGGUACCCUGUCAAUAGGAUCGGCUCUGCUGUGGUGUCCGGGCAGGUGCCAGGCCCACUUUACCGAGUGCUGCAGCUGGCCUCAAGUUUUGUCCUAACCACAGACCAGUCUCUGUGUUUCAGCAGCGAGUGUGUCUCGGGUUUUACUGGUUUCACUGCUCAGGUGAUUAUCCUGAACCACCCAGGCCAAAUUAGUGCUUGCUAUGCUUCUGUACUAGAUUGUCACACAGCUCACAUAGCAUGCAAGUUUGCUGAGCUUAAAGAAAACAUUGAUCGUCGUUCUGGCAAGAAGCUGAAAGAUGGCCCGAAAUUCUUGAAAUCCGGUGAUGCAGCCAUUGUUGAUGUGGUUCCUGGCAAGUCCAUGUGUGUUGAGAGCUUCUCUGACUAUCCUCCACUGGGUCGUUUUGCUGUUCUUGACAUGAGGCAGACAGUUGCUGUGGGUGUCAUCAAAGCUGUGGACAAGAAGGCUGCUGGAGCUGGCAAGGUCACCAAUUCUGCCCCAAAAGCUCAGAAGGCUAAAUGAAUAUUAUCCCUAACACCUGCCACCCCAGUCUUAAUCAGUGGUGGAAGAACGGUCUCAGAACUGUUUGUCUCAAUUGGCCAUUUAAGUUUAAUAGUAAAAGACUGGUUAAUGAUAACA